AUGGCGUUGUUUCGCAGUGCAGCCCAGACUGCAUUUCUUCUCUCUCCUCUAUUCGCGCUCGCAUUCGCAGAUUCGAGCCAACAAUCUCCUGCCUCCAUCGCCUGUGGAUCUCUUCAGAAAACCCACCCUGGCCAGAAGUACUGGAGCAAGGCCAACUCCGAUCCCGCGAACUUGCCCGAAUGCGUCUUUCUCCCCACGGCCGCCUCGGACGUUGCUUCUGCCGUUCUCGUCCUCAAUCAGAACCCCUCCGUGCAGUGGGCUGUCAAGGGUGCAGGUCACAACCCCAAUGUUGGGUUCUCGUCUGCGGGUGGUGGUGUCUUAAUCGCGCUGGAGAAGAUGAAUAGUACUUUCUUGGACGAUGAGAACCGUGCUCAUAUUGGUGCUGGCAGUCGCUGGGGUCCUGCGCAGAGCGUUCUGGAUAGUUACGGCCGCGCUGUGGUUGCUGGUCGCCUCGGUCCCGUCGGAGUCGCUGGUUUGACUUUAGGCGGUGGUCUGAGUUUCCUGAGCACUGAAUAUGGUUUCACUGCCGAUAACGUCGUAAGCUAUGAGAUUGUCACUGCGGCUGGCGAAGGCGGCGGGAAUCAGUUCGCCAUCGUCACAACGUUCAUCAUGCAGACAUAUCCCAUUGGAAGAGUGUGGGGUGGCCACAGGAUUUACACCUUGGACAAGAAAGCAGAACUUCUGCGGGCAACGCACAACCUUGCCUCCAAUUACUACGAUCCCAAAGCGGCGGUCAUUGUCACCUUCACCACUACGCUCUUGGACCUGGUACAGAUCUUUGUCGUGUUCUACUUCUACAACGAUGCAGCUGGCCCUGGGGCCAUCUUGGACGAGUUCAACGCGAUCGAGGCUCUGAGUGACCAAACUAAAGCCGGAUGGCUGUUUGGGGAUCUGCUGAAGGAUAACGGUCAAUUCGCUUUCGAUGGCAUGCGUUACUUGAUCCGAGAGAACACCAUUCCAAGCCUGCCCGGCUCGAUCGGUAUGGAUCUCUUCAACUAUACCUUCAACAGUUGGCACGACGCCUCGAUGCUGCGCGUCCUCGGAGCUGUAGACAACUUGGUCUUCAACAUAGCCUUCCAGCCUGUCCCCCAUCAGUUGAUUGAGGCGUCAGCUACGUCUCCGUCCGGCGGCAACCGCCUAGGAAUGCUCCCGGAGACAGGUGACCACAUUUUCAUGGAGUACGAUCUCUCAUGGCUCCUCCCAACCUCGGAUACUCUCGCGGCGAAGUACAUCGAGGAGGUCACACAGCCAGUUGCCGAUUACCAAAGAGCGAAGUACUCCAACACGGCCCCGACCAACUACAAGAGUGGGAACUUGAGUUUCACGAAUUUCAACCCGAUCUUCAUGAAUGAUGCCAUGUACAACCAGGAUCCUUUGCAGAGCUAUGGCGAAGAGACGUAUAAUCGAUUGGCUCAGAUUCAGAAGCAGGUCGAUCCUCAGGGCCUCUUUUCAAAGCGAACGAAGGGUUGGAAGUUCCAGUAA